AUGCCUGCUGAUUAUGAUGACGAGGAUGAUGAAUUGUCAGAAACAACAAAUGAAACAAAAGAUAAAGUUAUUGACAAAGAAUUCAUUCUCAAUUUAAUGCUGACAAAAAAUCCAGAUGUCACGCUACAAAGUCAACAAAAUUUUAAGAGCGAGAUCUGGAACCGAUUUUAUCGCAUAUUUCAUAAAAAUAGUGCAACGGCAUAUGCCUGGUGCAAAAAAUGCAAACUAAAAUGUAUCCAUAAGCAAGAUAGGAACACCGGGACAUCCAGUAUUAAGAGUCACAAGUGUCAGAAGGGUUGGAUGUGCAUCCCAAGAUUUAAAGUAGAGUUCGCUUUUAAAAAAGAAAAAUUGAAUAACUCUGAAGACGAAAAGUCAAGCAAAAUUUUAUUGUACAUGAAAACUGCUAAAAACCUUGUUCGUUACUGCAAAAGAUCCAAUUGGUUACAUCAAAGAAGAAAGAUCUGCGGCAGCCCCGAGAAAGAAACAAAAACUCAGCGUGGAAAUAAAUGA